AUGGGCGGAGGAACGGUGAUAAUAUUCGAUUUCGACAGGACGCUGAUUGAAGACGACAGCGACCGAUGGGUGGUGACGAAUAUGGGCCUCGCCCAAUUGUUCAAUCACCUCCGAUCUACAUUGCCUUGGAACUCUCUUAUGGACAGGAUGUUGGAGGAGCUACACAUCCAAGGGAAAACAGUCAAUGAUAUUGCCGAGUGUUUAAAAACGAUGCCUUUGCAUCGAGAUGUUGUUGCAGUUAUAAAAUCAGCAUAUGCUCUAGGGUGUGACUUGAAGGUGGUUAGCGAUUCGAACCACUUUUACAUCAAAACUAUUUUGGAACAUCAUGGAAUAUAUGACUGUUUUUCAGAUGUUGUCACAAACCCUGCUGACUUAGACGGUGAACGGCUUAGAAUAUUUCCGUAUCAUGAUGGUGUUUCAUCACAUGAUUGUGAUCUUUGCCCUCCCAAUUUAUGCAAGGGCAUUGUGAUUAAGCAGAUCCAAGCCGCCUCUGUGACUGAAAACGAGACCAAAAGAAUAAUAUAUAUCGGAGAUGGUAUGAACGAUUUUUGUCCAACCCUGAAGCUUGUCAAACGAGAUUAUGUUAUGCCAAGGAAAAACUUCCCUUUAUGGGGUCGAAUUGCGAAAAACUCCGAAAUCGUUAAAGCAAAGGUUUUCGACUGGGACAGUGGUGAAGAUCUUGCCGAGACCCUGCUCCAACUUAUUAAUGGCUAA